AUGGCUUCGCAGGAGACCCCUGAAGUGAGCAAUACGAAGGAGUCCUCAGAGAUGACAAAGGGUCCACAUCAAGUGGCUCCUGAUCAUUCGCAGCAUGACGGCCAGGGAAAAAUCUCAACUUCUUCCGGCCUAAAGGUUCAUGGAUUCGAAAAUGAAAUGAUUUCACUGGAAAAAAUGCUUAAACGGCGACAAAGUGAGGAUGAAUUCAAGGCAAUUGCGAUCGUCGGCGGGCUAGGUGUCGGAAAAUCUACUCUUUGCCGAGCGCUUCUCAACAAGAAUGAGGUCAAAACCAGCUUCCUUCCCAGGAUUUGGGUACGCAUGCCCAAGAUUGAGAAAAGUGAGGCAGAGAAAAGUGAAGCAGAGAAAAUUAAAGCAGAGAAAAGUGAUGCAGAGAAAAUUCAAGCAGAGAAAAGUGAUGCAGAGAAAAUUCAAGCAGAGAAGGAAGCUGUCGUUAAAAGAAUGUUGGAGUGUCUUGGAGUUGACGAGAAGAUCAUUCAGAGCAUCUCCGUGAAGGAUGAUAGACGCGCCCUCGAUGAUAAGGAACGCCUCAAUGCUUUACUCUAUGCUCUGUAUCUCCAACUGAAUGGUAAGAAGUAUCUCAUCGUACUUGAUAAUGUUUGGAACGGGGAUGAUUGGUACAGAGAUUUGAGUGCUGCAAUAAAUCGUAGCUAUGAUUGGAAUGAACGUCUUGCAUAUGGAUUGCCAAAAGGAAACGGGGGAACUGUGAUUGUCACGAGCAGGAAUAAGGAGGUAGCGAAGAUGAUGGUCGGGAAGGAAGAAAACAUACAUGACCUUCUGCCACUUUGGAACCAAGAGAGCUGCUGGUCGAUAUUCACAGACACGGUCGAGAGAGAGAACCAGGUGUUGAAUUUAAAGGAUGAAGAAGAUUUGAAAAACGCAAAGAAGGAUCUUUUCAAAAAGUGCGGUGGCCUUCCACUCGCAGCAAAGAUGAUGGGGAAAACUAUGGCGGAAAAGAUCAAGAAAGACGAAGAAGAAGCAGCCAAACAAGAAGCCCUAAAAACCGGCAAGCACUAA